AUGGAAAACAACAUACUCACGGUUCAUGUGAACCCACAUAAAGUCAUGACAUGGGAGGGCCUGGGUUCCUCCAUUAUUAGCUUCGCAGUGCCGCGGAACGCAGGCUUUCUACAAGGAUUUCGGGUGGGGCGCGCGCACGUUUCAGCGCCCAAUGGGCAGCACUGGAGGAGACGGAAUCAUUUUUAUACCAUCAGUACCAAUGCGCACGAGUGCAAUCGGAGGGUGAUACGGUUCGAACACAGCAAGACGCAAAUAUGCAAUUUCAGGAAUUACAAAACCGAAUGGCACAUAUUUACCAGGAAGCCAUGGCCCCAAAAACACCAUUGGAAGAAACGCAAGCGCAAUUUAUGGCGGCACCACUACAACUCUCGCAAAGAGAGCUUUAGUGGCGGAAUUGUCCCACCCAAACAUAAGAACAGCAGAGGAGCCGACUUGGAAACAAGAAAACGUUUCCACACAACCAACCAUGGAUGUGUCAGAUAUGGCUCGGCAAGGGGAUAA